AUGGAGUUGUGGAGGUCGGCGCCGGCCUCUUGCUCGGGCUUCGACGCGGUUUUCAAUGAGAUUGACGAGGACAUUCGACGAUUGCAACGAAAAGGAUCAUCCAAUACCGCAUCCGAUGUUCUUCAAGAAAACGACAAAGCGGUGGAUAAAGAAGGAGAGGAUCCAAACCAAAAGUCAUGGGUGGACAAUGUUGGUGCUUUCUCUUCUCCGGCCUCAUCAAGUGCAAAUUUACACGAAAUGGACCCGCCACUGCACCAGAUGGCGUCGGUGGCUCAAUUUCAGAGAUUACGCGAGCUGUGCAUUGCUGUCCAGGAAUCAUCGGAUCAAGUGGAACGCUUCCGAGCACGAAUCGACCCGGAGGGACCGCUGAAAAACGACUACGAUCGCUAUCAAGAUGCCUCGAUUCUUCAAAACCAGGAGCUGUUGGUCGAACUGUUAAGGAGGCAAAUCAGCGAGUUGCGCAAAAGGAUCGCUCGACGGCGAAUUCUCAUCGCUGACAUUGUUGAGGAGAAGAUAGCACGAGAAAUAAAGAUGAAACAAUUGGCGAACGAUGUGGAAAGAGCAAAGGAUAAAGCAAGUCUUGAUGACGACGAGAUCUUGCGAGUUGGCCGACACUGUGACAUCAUGCGGACGUUGAUCAAGAAGAGGAGACGGGAAAUGAUCGAUGAGCUCUUUCGAGCCUACAAGAUUCAGGUUGACAUGCUCCAAUCGCCGACGAUCAACGGGAAGAAGCCCUGCUCGUGUAUUCAAGUGGAUUCAAUUGCGGGAGUGCACUUGCCUCGAACGGAAUCGAUACUCACUCAUCCGGAGCCGGAAGUCGCAGCAGCACUCGGCCACGUGGUGAAUCUGAUGCGGUGUGUGAUGUGGGUGCUCGAUACUCCUUUGCCGUUUCCGCUGACUUUUGUCGGAUCGAGAAGUCAAGUGUAUGAUGCGAGGAAGGAUAAGAAAUAUUCAUUGUUCGGAAUGAAGAGCAAACUGGAAAGAGCGCAGCUUGAAUUCGCCAUGCAACUUCUCAACGCGAACAUUCUUGCUUUUGAGAUCCACCAAUGGAUUGUCGGGAAUAAUUUGCGUCCAUCACUCGAUCGUCCUUUUACAUCUGUAUUCUCUCCGGCUGCGUUGAUCGAACGGAGAAACAGCGAGGAAACGAUUGCGGAUAAUGUCAGAAACGAGUCGACUCGCCUCUUGCACACUUUGGAUGUCUCUCAACUGUGCAUCGACGAUUUACCGCCGACAAAUGCUUAUCGGGAGAGAACAGUGACUAUCGGCGAGGAGGCAGUGGAUUUGGAUGAAGAGUCGCCCGCGACGAAAUCGACCAAUUCUUUCAUCGACACCGCCAUCGGGCUG